CUCUGCGUUAGGUGGCGGAAUGCGCCGGGGUCGCUGCUCGCGCGAUGUGGCGCGUAACAACGAAGAACAGUCUUCCCCAGCUCAAAGGUAGCGCUAGCACCUUAGCAGACAAACCUAGGAUAGUAUUUGGACUCUCUGGUGCUUUUCAAGACACAGUUGAUCGCUGAACGCUGGGUAACGCUAGGAGAGCGAACAUCGCAGGAUUGAGGAGAUCGCGGCGCGUGUAGAGUUAGCGUCUGCUGUGAACGCGAGCUUCAGAGCUAACCGCUGCAUUACCGACGACUAAUUACCGCUUUUAUCGUCCUUCACCGGUUUCGUUGCUCACUUGUCAAGAACAGCGUGGAGCAGUUGGCAAACAGUGGCUGGAGGAACGGCAGCCUCCACGGUGGCUAGUCUGUGAAAUGAAUGUGUAAGAUGCUAGCCGAGCACGUCUAGCCUCAGAAAGUCGCGUCUUUAUUGCUUUUCUAACCGUCUGGUGGGCUGUCACUCAUUGCAUUUAAAUGCCAGUUACGCAAAGGCGCAAAGUUCAUCGGACAGCAUGGGAAGUGUACAUAAGAAGGCAUCUUAGCGCUUAGACCUCGUUCAACGUCCAGAUUUAGGGAAGAUCGCACCUGUACGAGCCUGUUGAAGCCAAAGAGUGAAGAUCUGCGUGUGUCACAGUCAGCAUCAUGUCUGAGGACAGCAGCGUGGACAGAUUCAUUAAGGAGACCUCCAUCCUGGAAGAGUAUAACAUUAAUUGGACACAGAAGCUGGGAGCUGGGAUCAGUGGUCCUGUGAGGGUGUGUGUGAAGAAGACGACACAAGAACGGUUUGCCCUAAAGAUCUUGAUUGAUAGACCCAAAGCCCGCAAUGAGGUUAGGCUUCAUAUGAUGUGUGCCUCUCACCCCAACAUUGUGAAAAUAAUGGAGGUGUAUGCCAACAGCGUACAGUUUCCUCAUGAAUCCAGUCCGAGGGCAAGGUUACUGAUUGUCAUGGAAAUGAUGGAAGGUGGCGAGUUGUUCCACAGAAUCAGCCAGCACAAGCACUUUACAGAGAAGAUGGCCAGUCAGGUCACUAAACAGGUACAGGCUUCACAGUUAAAGGCCUUACUGUUGAGUAAGGCUCUGGUGCUGGAGGCUCAAAGACGCCACCAGAAAGAAAAGUCUGGAAUUAUACCUACCUCACCCACACCUUACACAUACAACAAGAGCUGUGACCUAUGGUCCUUGGGGGUGAUCGUCUAUGUAAUGCUCUGCGGAUAUCCUCCGUUUUACUCCAAACACCACAGCCGCACCAUCCCUAAAGACAUGCGCAAAAAAAUCAUGACUGGCAUCUUUGACUUCCCAGAGGAGGAGUGGAGUCAAAUAUCUGAAAUGGCCAAGGACAUUGUCCGCAAGCUACUUAAAGUGAAGCCGGAGGAGAGACUAAACAUAGAGGGAGUUUUAGCCCAUCCCUGGCUCAACUGCACUGAGGCGCUGGACAAUGUGCUUCCCUCUGCUCAAAUGAUGAUGGACAAGGCAGUUGUGGCUGGAAUCCAACAGGCCCAUGCUGAGCAACUGGCCAACAUGAGGAUACAGGACCUCAAUCUCAGUCUAAAGCCACUCAACUCCGUCAACAACCCCAUUUUGAGAAAGAGAAAGCUACUUGGCACCAAACCUAGCGAUGAACUUUUCAUUAAUGAUCCAGAGAAUGAGGUGGAGGACACCAACGUGGCUCUGGAAAAACUUCGGGAUGUAAUCGCACAGUGCAUCUUACCGCAGGCUGGUGACAAUGAGGAUGAGAAGCUAAAUGAAGUAAUGCAUGAAGCGUGGCGAUUCAAUCGCGAUUGCAAACUUCUCAGAGAUGGAUUGCAAGGGUUAAGUUGGGAUGGUAGAUCUUUUUCUGACAAAGUAGAUCGCUUAAAGCUGGCUGAAAUCGUCAAACAGGCCAUUGAAGAAAAGACCAUUUUACAGGACUCCCAAUAGCAAGUGCUGAAAUUUUAAUCCCUUUUGUACUGUUCGUUAUAAUUGUCAUUAGGCAUAUGAUUGCAAAACAUGUUUUUUAUUAAUUGCAGACCUUUUUCCAUGGUCAUGCUGUAGUCUGUUGUAAAUCUCUAGCUGAAACCAAGUUGUUGUUGGUAUGAUCUGUUUUCACUACAGACUGCAGUAAAG